ACUGAAAAAAUAUUCCACGGGGUGAUAAGACCAAAUAGAAAGCCAUCCACCACCAAUAAAUAUGGAUGUUGAUGGUGGCUUUGUAAGUAUCUGUACGAUGGUUAUCUACUCCAGAUGGUUUCGGUUGUUAGAUCUCUGGGGUCUAUUGUCUGUCAAGAGUUUAAUCAAAUUAUCGUCGUGUGCCUACCGCCAGGGCUUCAGGUUUGGCGCUGGGGAUUUGACUGCGAAAUCCGAAGUCAUGCCCGGUUACCGAUAUGAUACUCAAAUGGUCAGCAAUGUGUACCAGACCACAUAUUCGUACGUUUGGGAUCUCUGAAGUCAUAGAUAAUUAAUACCACUUUGGGAUCGGUCAAUAGGACCCGCUAAGGGCUUAUUUGCGGUGUGGGCAAUCUUCGAGGCUUCUGGCCUAUUGGCAUCGCUCAAUCAGGUAAUUUUGGUCCCUAAGUAAAACACAAAGAUGGGUGAUCUUGAUUUCCAUCUAGCAAACUCCCACCCACACCCAGGCUCUGGUACCCCUGCCUUUCUAUAUAUAUCCCCACCAAUGUCUGUCUCUUGAAUUGUCAAAAAAAAUGGAUUCCUACUUACUUAACCACCCUGGUGACAUUUCUCUAAACUUUGCACUACCAUUGAGUGACGAGGUGUAUACCAUCACAUUUAAUGAUUUGGAUUCUCAACUGCUGUUUCUGAUUCAAUACUUGGUCAUCCACUCAUGUGCCAUUACCGUGUGUCUUACACUUUUGGUGUUGUUGAACUUGUUCAUCCGCAAUAAGAAAACUCCGGUGUUUGUUUUGAACCAGGUGAUCUUGUUCUUUGCUAUAGUCCGGUCCAGCUUGUUCAUAGGUUUCAUGAAGUCGCCAUUGAGUACCAUAACUGCUUCGUUCACGGGAAUUAUUUCUGAUGAUCAAAAGCAUUUCUAUAAGGUGAGUGUGGCUGCAAAUGCUGCAUUGAUUAUCUUGGUGAUGCUCAUUCAAGUAUCGUUUACGUACCAGAUAUACAUCAUCUUCAGAAGCCCCGAAGUCCGCAAGUUCGGUGUAUUCAUGACCCUGGCGUUGGGAGUGUUGAUGGCUGUGACGUUUGGAUUCUAUGUAAAUAGUGCAGUUGCAAGUACCAAACAGUAUCAGCACAUAUUCUACAGUACAGACCCGUAUAUUAUGGACAGCUGGGUUACUGGAUUACCUCCCAUUCUCUACUCUGCUUCUGUGAUUGCCAUGAGUUUGGUGUUGGUAUUGAAGCUUGUUGCAGCGGUGAGAACAAGAAGAUACUUGGGUCUCAAGCAGUUUCUGAGCUACCACAUUCUUUUGAUCAUGUUCACCCAGACGUUGUUUGUACCUACUAUCUUAACGAUUUUGGCCUAUGCUUUCUACGGGUAUAAUGAUAUUUUGAUCCACAUAAGCACCACCAUCACCGUGGUGUUGUUGCCAUUCACAUCGAUUUGGGCUUCAAUUGCCAAUAAUUCCCGUUCGUUGAUGUCGGCUGCUUCCUUGUACUUUUCAGGCUCAAACUCUAGUCUCUCAGAACUAUCUUCUCCUUCUCCCAGUGAUAAUGAUACUUUGAACGAGAACGUAUUUGCAUUCUUUCCAGACAAGUUACAGAAGAUGAACAGUUCUGAAGCAGUUUCUGCAGUUGAUAAAGUGGUGGUUCAUGAUCAUUUUGACACAAUUAGCCAGAAGUCUAUACCUCAUGAUAUUUUAGAGAUUCUUCAGGGAAAUGAAGGAGGCCAAAUGAAGGAGCAUAUAUCUGUAUACUCCGAUGACAGCUUCUCCAAGACCACUCCCCCCAUAGUUGGAGGCAAUCUUUUAAUCACAAAUACUGAUAUAGGAAUGAAAUGA